AUCAACACUAUCAGUAUCAACACCAUCAAUUCAGAAAUGGGAACUAAAAGAAAACUCAAAACUCGACAAAAUAAAACAGCUUCAAAACAAGAUGAACUUACAAAAGACUAUCUAAACGACUUACCAGAUGAAAUCUUAUUAGAAAUCAUAAAAUAUCUCAAACUUGAUAAUUCGAAUGAAUUAGCAAACAAAACUACAAAGAAACAUGAGAACUUAAUUACUCUUACUUCUGGAAAACGUACCACUCUAUGGACUUACCAACAUAAACCACAAAGUCCAAUCUUGACUAGUUUUCAGUCUUUUUCGAUUGUUAAUCAUAGGUUAUAUUCUAUUUGUCGACCUUUACUUUGGAAGGCUAUAAAUUUUCCUACUUUGAUGCCGAUUCCAAUGUCAUAUUGGAAUGACGAACUCUUACCCAAACAUGGGCCUCAUGUUCAAUCAAUCACUAUACGAUUAACUGAGCAAUGGUUUGAGAUACCACCUAAACCAAUUUCAAUUAAACAUUCAAGUGGAAAAGGGAAUUUAAAUCAUUACUCUUUAAGGGAACGUAAAAUCAAAUUCAUUGAACAAGAUAAAGAUUUCUGGGAUGUACCAAUCAUCAAUUCAGACAAUUUAGCGGUUUCAGCUUAUCUACUACCUCACGAUUUAGACCAUGUUGAUUUUAAACGUCAAAAGUCACAUGGUCUUUCACCUCAAAAUGUGAUCAAAGUGAUUUCUCAAUGUUCACAACUCUCGACUCUUAGAAUCCGUUCUCCUGAUGCAGGUUUUGCUUCUCCUGAUCCGAUUGAAAUGUGGAUUUUACGUAAUAAUUUAACUUCUUUAUUAUCUGAUUUAAAACAACUUCGUCAUCUUCAAAUCAGUGGUCCUUGGUUAUCUUCAAUCUUGGCUGGUUGUAUUAUUGAACCGAUCAAAGUCCUACCACUUUUAGAAUCACUCGAAUGCUCUAAAGUUUCAGUUGAACGUCCAGUCGAGGUCGAUAGCCUUGCUACUUGUCUUAAAAAUUCAGUAAAUCUCAAAAGAUUAGCUUUACACGAUGUUGAUGUCAUAGAUGGUUCCUGGGGUUGUCAUGAAGGUCCACCUCAAUUGAUUAAUUUAUCACUUCGUGAUUGUGCUAAUCUUUGGUUAUCAAACACGCCUUGGUUGAUUAGUACUUGGGCACCAGGUUUAACUCAUUUGGAACUUAAAUUUGAUGAACCUUGGAAUGCGCAUUUUAGACCAUUACAAGAAGAUUUAAGUGAAUUCGAACCAAGACACCAUCAAUUCGAUUUACCAUCUUUAACACAUUUGACAAUUUGGCGACAUUCAUCUUGUGAUUAUUUUCAUUGUUUUAAAGAUUCUAAAACCAUCGAAGUGUUAAAAGUUUAUCAUCUUCUACCUGAAGAUCAUAUAACGUUUAUCGAUUUUAUUCUUGGUGAUCCAUUUCCUAAACUCAAGCUUUUAUCUUUACUUGUACCUGAAACUCGUUUUCCACUUGAUCCAGAAUCAAGUGAAAGAGUUUUACCAUUAGAAGCGUUUUGUAAAUCCAAAGGGAUCUCUUUUCAUCUUUCUUCAUAUACUUUGAGUCCUCAAAUUGAGAUUUCUCUUUUCUGAUCAAGAAACUCACAUCACUUGAUCAGCUUGUUGUUGUUAUUGUGAAGUCUGUAAUACUCAAGUCGUUACUGUUUAACAAAUUGUCUUUCAGUUCAUGAAUUCUUUAAGUUUUGUUUUUCUUUAGUUGUCAUUCAAAUUUUCGUCAUUCCUCCUCGAACAAUGUUAACUUAUGCAAUUAUGAUGAUAAUCACAUUGUUUGUACUC